GAAAUAUGAGGAAUUACUAUACAAAUUCAAAGAACAAAGUAUACGUUUUCAAACAAUCGCAAGAGCAGAGAAAAAGAAAGAAAACUUCAAAAAAAUUCAAAAAGCCAUAGAAGAAAUAUGGGAGAAUCUUAAAGAAAGUCCUAAAAAAAUGAUUAAUAGUGUACUAGACAAGCCAAGAAAAUCCAUUAUUAUAGAUCACUUGAUUGUUGAAUCAGAGAGCAAUAACACAACAAAAAUCAUUAAGACGGAACAGAAAUAA